AUGCACAGUGCGCUCACGGCGGCCAUUUUAUUGGUUUUCUCCAUCUUCCCUAUUGGCGGCGGCUAUCUUUUUACUCAAAAGAGCAGGAUUCACAGUGUGGGUCCGGUUAUUAGGCAGAACACGGGUCCUAUUCCUCUGGCACACUCCCGGUCACUGGUAUUGUUGAAUUUGCCUGUAUAUAUAUAUAUAUAUAUAUAUAUAUAUAUAUAUUGUGAUUUUAUUUGCUCAUAUUGACUCCUUCGCUUAGUGUGGUUGGAUUAGGCAAUCCUUACCUCACUUUUUCCAGUUUCUCCUUGUUGCUAACCUAAUUGGGUUUUUUCCCUCAGGACCCUAAAUGGCUCUGCUAGACUUUAUACCUGUUUAGCACCCUUUUGGGGGUUCAAUUCCUGCUUUUAAUUUAGCAUGCAGUCUGCUGGCGAUGGGCCCUCUGGCCACCCUCUGCCACUGUUGGGGGCCUCCAUCUCUGACCCCAUUAGUGACGCCAAUCUCAUGGGUUCAGAAGAAUUUCAAAGCCUGUUAGACGUAACAAUGUCUAACUCCAUUAGCAAGGUCAUAACGGCGGCCAUGGGAGCUAUGUCCUCCACAAUUACCCACUCUAUCACACAGGCUCUGAUGCAGGCACACCCUGCCCCUCUACCCCCUUGCAGAUUCCUGCCACUUCUAGCGUAGCAUUGCAGGGCCAGAAAGCCCUGAGCAAGCGUAAACACGCAAAUGUCCCUGUUCACACCCAGGAUGGUGCACAUCAACAGCGCCACUGGCAAAGGGCAAAAACGUCCAGAAAUUGGAAACGGUCAAGGGCCCAAGAUAUGAUGUCCGAUUCGGACAAGAGUGAGGAGGAGGGAUCAGACAAACCAUACUCUGAUCCUUAUGAGGACGAGAUUUCUGAAGGCGAGGACUUUGCAGGGAAGCAAUUACCAUCCGCAACAACUAAAACAGCCCAAACGCCUGAGCUGUCAGACGUAACAGGGUCAGGCGAAAUCCGGGACACGAAAGUGACCCCUUUGUUCGAUCUGGAUAACCUACGCCACUACCUGGUGCUGAGGGUUCAUAAAUCCCUCUCCCAAGAGGGUCGUAAUAAGCAAAGGACUGAAUACCCCCGACCUGUCAUACCAGACAUGGCAGCAAAGACUCCCGAGAUGGACCCACAAAUUGUCCAAUCUUUAGCUAAAACCGGCUAGAAGCUGAAGAAGGGCAUUGACUAUUCGCUAUGUAAUUGUCAGGACAAAUUCUUGGACACCCUGGGUCCGAUUACAAAGUUAUACGAACUGCUAGAAGCAGCGCAAUCGGGUGAGACCCAAUUAUAUUUUGAAGUGGCUUUUGGAUGGCUACAGCAACUAGUGUGCAUGGUCGGCAAUGCCAAUACGGCCAUGUCCACAGAACGCAGGAAAGCAAUUUUACUUAAAAUAGAACCUAAAUUAGCUAGUGUGGCUACCACGGAACCAGGAGCAGUCACUAAGGGUUUGCUAUUUUGCGAGUCCUUUGUGAAGGACCUCAGAGCAUAUGUGAAGACUUUCACAGUGCUGGAUAAAGCGCAGUCUUCAAUUAACAGAGUUUUCCACCAAAAAGUUUUUGGUGGGGCCGGUAGAGGUAGGAGCCGUCUAUCCGGCUGCAGUUCCUGGGGUUUUUCUAGACCGGGCAGAGGCUCCUUCAACCCACACAGACUGGUGCAAGAACCCACAUAUACUCCCUUUUUCCCUAUUAGAGGACGACCUUGGAAUGCCCGCGGCGGUCGGGGAACAACCCCAGGAGUACUGUUUAUCCCCAUUUUUCCCAUAUAAAUGUGGGGGGAAGACUGGCUCUGUUUUACCAAGCCUGGGCUAUGAUCACGCCCGAUACAUGGGUAUUAAAGACAAUCCAGAGGUUUAG